AUGGGCAACAUCAGCAGCAGACUUGAUGAUGGGGCCCUGCUAUACUUAAAGGAUCAAGCGCGCUUCUCCAUCAGUUCCAUCGUCGUCAGCAAUGGCCGACGGAGAGGUCUUUUGAGUCUGACGCCGAAUGCCUAUCCGGCAUUGCGUCUCCUUGGAAAGCCAGAUGCCACGGACUACAGACCCAUUUCGUAUAUUCAAGAUCCGGAUUCCUCGGCCCUUUCUUUCCUUCCUAGGCUCGAUCUUGAAGAUGAACUUGAAAUACACUUCACAUUUAUAACGCGACAGAACUCCGGACCCCUCCCCGCGACUCCCUCUACGUCCACCGCUGCUGUAGAUACAUCAAUUACUGGGUUGACCUUUGCCUAUGCACAGAAUGCUAAAGAGCUGGACACCCUUGUGACACGCGAGUUCCAUGCCGACCCAAACCUGCAUAAGAAUUCCAACGUCCAAUUCAUUGGUGACUUUGGGACGCAUGGAAGUCCUGCAGUUACUUACGAAUGGACUUGGCACUGGAAACCCCCAAAGGCUCAAGAGGACAAAGGUGGAGGUUGGCGCAACUGCUGCAGUUUUCUUGAGUAUGAUUCCAGAGCGCACAGACUUAAUACCCUCGCGUCUUUUUCGUUCUGGGUCCAGAACACCGUCCCCACAACCGCUGUGCCACUUGCAUCUCCGGGUCUGGAGAUACCGAUACCACUUCAGAGGCAUAGGAUGCCGUCAUCACAAUCGUACCAGUCCGCAGUCAGCGACUCGGAGGGCCCUUCGGAGACGCAAAUCCCGGCCUCGCCACAGAUGAGGCCGAAGGACUACAGCUUUAGUGCGCCAACAUCGGCACCUUCGCUGCCUGUCAUCGACGUUCAGUGCGCGAGGCCGGGAGAGGACGUCAGCACAGUCGAGGACGGUCCGGUUUUCAGGGCUACGAUGAAGGCGCUGGAGCAGAAGACGGGGACUAUGAAGGUCCAGAUCAAGAAGGUGCUGAAGAAAGCCGAAGCGGCACAGCAGGCCCAGGUGGAGUGUAACCAGGCCAUGGCCGAAUUCCUCAAGGCGCUCCAAGAGGCUUCCAUGUCCAACGCGACUGCCUUCAAGCCCGCCCUCGAUCAUUACUUUUUGAACAUCGCUCAGCAAAUACUAAAAUAUGAGAGGGGUAACAGCACUUUGUUGCAAAGACAGAUCAUCGACCCCAUUUCGAAACUGUAUAAUUUGGACAUCAAGCAGGUCGAGGCAAAGAAGAAGGACUUUGACGACGAGAGUCGAGACUAUUACGCCUACGUGGGUCGGUAUCUUGGUCAAAGGCAAGACUCUCUGAAGGAUAAGAAACGUGCAGAGAGCGAUUCCAAAUAUCAGACAAAGAGGAAGAACUUUGAGCUCAAACGAUUCGAUUACUCGACCUUCAUGCAAGAUCUCCACGGCGGGCGCAAGGAACAGGAACUCCUCUCGCAGCUUACAAGGUAUGCCGACGGCCAGGCAAAAGCGUUCCUUGCCACUGCAAAGAAGGUGGAAAGCCUAACCCCACAGUUAGACGCCCUUGUGAAAGAGGUCUCUGAUGCCGACAAAGAGUACAACCUGCAAAGGACGGAAAGAGAGGAGAAGAGAAGAAACCUUGAGAAGAAUGGCCCGGUUUCUGCAGAUUCCGAUCUGCAUCACCAUCCUUCAGUGGUCUCGACUCAAGUGGCGACACAAAAUGGUCAUGGCGGAUAUGCCUCCGAUACUGAUCUUAGCCGGGCCGACAGCACCAGCUCUCAGUUCGGCCAUGCGUCAAUUAAAACAUUGUCCCCAACCACCAACUCAACAUUGCCUGUGGGCAAUGUCCUGUCGACAUCUCCGGGCGCAACCUCAAUAGCGCCAACGCCGAGCAAGUUCAAAGGGAUCCGCGAUCUUGACGAAAGCUCAAUAUCCACAGCCGACAAGGCUUCCAUCGGGCAAUAUCGAAAAGAGGGACUGUUGUGGGCAUUAAGCAAGCCUAAUUCCCAUAUCGACCCCAAAGGAGCGUGGCACAAAUUCUGGAUCGUGCUUGACCAAGGGAAACUCUCAGAAUACAGCAAUUGGAAGGACAAGUUGGAUCUGCAUCGUGACCCAAUUGACCUUCGCAUGGCUUCCGUCCGCAUUGCUCGGGAUGCAGAACGCCGUUUUUGUUUCGAGGUCAUCACGCCUCAGUAUAAACGGGUCUACCAAGCUACAACUGAAGACGAGAUGAAUAACUGGAUCAAUGCAAUCAACAAUGCGCUGCAGAGCGCUGUCGAGUCCGGCGGACAAGUGCCUCAGCAGAGUCGAAAAGAGCACAUCGGGCGUGAAUUUGGACAAAUGUUCACAGGCAAGAGCUCGUCACAAUCUGGUCCGCAUGGCUACUCCCAUCGAAGUGACGCGAGCGGAGUGUCACGACGCAUCACCGUCGGUGCUAGACCCACCUACACGAGGACCAGCAGUAACAGCUACGAAGAGAAUCCGUCAAAGCUGCUCGAUCAAAUCAGAAACAACGACCAUGGAAACCAGUUCUGUGCCGACUGUGGCUCGGCUUCCAAAGUCGAAUGGGUCUCUCUGAAUCUGGGGAUCAUUCUGUGCAUCGAAUGUGGGGGGAUUCAUCGCUCACUGGGUACACAUGUCUCCAAAAUUCGAUCCCUGACCUUGGAUGUACACUCUUUCACUAACGAUAUUGUCGAACUUCUCAUGCUGAUCGGCAACCGAAUCAGCAACAUGGUGUGGGAAGCACGGCUCGACCGGGCUCUUAAGCCAGAUCCGAGCGCCUCUCGCGACCAGCGGCUGAAGUUCAUCACAGCUAAAUAUGUCGAGCGGGCUUACGUUGAGCCUGUGUCGCCAUACGGGUCUGCUGACGACGCAUUACUGACGUCAAUCAAGAAACAUGAUAUUCAGGGGGUUCUGCAGGCCGUCGCUCAACGGGCCAACGUCAACGCCCAUGACCGAUCCAGGAACACGCAUGCGGUGUUUCUCGCUCUCACCGCCGCUGAUCCAGCUCGCCCGGUAUCUUCUCACUCGAAUACACCAGCGGGAGGCGUUAAAGCUUUUCCUAUGGCUGAGCUGUUGGUGCAGAACGGAGCCGAGAUUCCUGUCGAGCCUCCAGCUAUUCCCCUUUCCGCAGCUGCACAGUUGUACGUCGACCAGAGGACCUCGCGCGUGAUGCAGAGUCACGGCGGCCACACAGACACAUUAGGCCCUCUACCUCUCGUGCACAGGGUUGCGCCAUUGUCGUCUUCGUCAGACGGUACCAACAAGCUGCAAAAGCGCGGUAGUGCUGGCGCAAGGUUUGCUGGUAAAGUGGCGAGCUUGGGGGAGCGAUAG